CGAGAUAUACCAGGCGAUGGCCCACCUGCACGAGCUGAAGAACAUCUUCAAGUCAGAGCAGCUGCCCGAAAACAUCCACGGCACGCUGAGUGGUGCGCUACUUGGCGACCUAAACCACACUCAGCAUCACCUGCGGUGUGCGGUGCUGGCAGUCAUUCCCAUUGUCAGGCCGCAUGGAAUCGAGUCUGACAGCGCGGUGUUCGACACAGUUUGCCGAUACUCAAUGGACUCCCACCCAAAGGUGCGGCAGCAGGCGCUCAAUGUAAUCUUGCACCAGCACUUGGCUGGCGUCGAGCUGCCGGUGGAAAUGUACGACGAGUGCGUGGUGGCAACCAAAGAUGACUUUGAGCAGGUGCGGUUAGUGGCGGUGGAGCUGGUGUGGGCCAUCAGCAGUGUCUAUCCAGAGCACCCAGUGGUGAUCCACAAGUACAAGGUCACAGAGACCAUCAGGCUGCUGGACGACGCGUUCGUCAAGCUCUGCGAUAUGGUCAACGACAGCUCGACAGUGGUGCGGCAGCGCGCGUGCGCGAUUCUGGGCCGGUUCAAGAAUGUCGACAUCAAAUUCCUCUCGCAGACGUUCAGCAAGCAGGUGAUGUCGCACCUCCGACGCUUCGUGCCGCGCGGGCCUCGUGGCCGCGGCCGUGGCCGUGGAAGCAAGGGACAGCCAGCAAAGUCGCAUAUCCCGACGCCCGAGGGCGACGCCGAUGUGGAAUCGGAUGAGUUCAAGCUGCUGGACUCGGGAGCGGCAGGCGCCUUUGUCCAUGGCCUUGAGGACGAGUUCCAGGAAGUCCGGGAUGCUGCGAUCGAGUCAAUCACCGAGCUCAGCGGUGCGAGCGCAGAGUUUGCGGGGAAGGCGGUCGAUUUCCUUGUCGACAUGUUCAACGACAGCAGCGACCGGGUGCGCCAGUGUGCAAUCCGCGCGCUUCUGGCUAUUGGCACGCGCACGCCGCUGAGCCUCACUGAAGAGCAGAUGCUGAUUGCCGUGUCGGCCAUGAAAGACGCUAGCGGCACGGUGCGGCACGGGAUUUAUGGUGUACUGGGCGUGUCGAUUCUGGCCAAACCCGAGUGGAUGGAGACGCUGAUGGAGGCCUUCAAGGCUAACCUGGAGCGCUACCCUGACGACCAGAUGCCCAUCUACAAGGCGCUGCAGGCCCUAGGACGCCGCCACCCGACCAUCAUUACCAGCCAUGAGGUCGUGCGCAAUUUGCUGGGCAUCAGCAGGGACUAUUUGAAUCGGGAGCCACGCCUCGACGAUGUCUACUAUGCAGGUGUAGUCAUUCUGGUGAUGAAUGCGCCGCUGGAAUCCCGACUAACGCUCCACAGGGUGCUGCCAGAGUUCGUCUAUAGCCACCUGCCGUAUUUGCGCGACAAGUAUCCCGACUGCAUGCCA